AUAACAGAGUAAACAUAGUUUCGCUAAAAUGGAAGCUCGUGGCAGUCUCAAUUUUAAUCUCGAUAAAUCGAAAAACCUCGCCAUGAGUCUGUCUAAAGAUCCAAUAACAGCUGGUGUGUUUGUAAAUGGUUAUAAAGAUGGAAAUCCAAAUGCAUUUCCAAAACCGACUGGUGACAGUUUUACUUCAGCAGGAGCUAGUUUGAGUAUACAAAGACCUCCUGGCGGUCUUUCCCUCACCGGCACCCACAUCCCAGAUUUUGGGAAUCAAGUGACCACAUCUGGUCGUGCCAAUAUUCUAGACGCAAAUGAUCAUAAAGUGGCUGUCAAUGCUUUCACUUCGAGAGUCCAUCCAUCAGGUCCCACUCCGAACUACUCGAUUCAUGGAGGGGGAGUUAACUACUCAUUCAGAGAUCAGCUCGGUGCUAGUGCAUCUGUAUCACAUACACCAAUUGCCAAAAUAACAGAACACUCUAUAUCAGGGUCGGUGAAUCUUCACAAGACUCCUACAUCGUCGUUGGACCUCAAUGCACACACUAGCCGUAUGCAAACCCCUUUCGGAAAUAGCCCUUGGCAGCAUGGAGGUUCUAUCACUUUUCGCAAACAAUUCUAACGAGGUGUUAUUAAUGUUAAUACCUAUUAUGAAGUGUAACACUGUAAUAAACUAUGUAAUUAUUUUACUUUUUUUCUUUUCUAAAGUCUAUAAAUUACUAUAUUGUAAAAAAAUCAGCAUCGAGCACAACAUGAGUUCAAUAAAU